UUUAGAGAGUAGGUCCAACACCUGCCCGAGCCAUGGAGGUCCUCUCGCCUUAGUUGCAUUUCACUGCCCUGGACCUUGCAGGCGUGAACUACUUUUGUGAUUAAUAAGUGAAGAGAUACACAAACAGUUUUAUAGAAUUCCACAAUCAACAUGGCGUCUCACACUGGUUAAAAGUCAGUGGGGCCCAGUAGUCUAUUAGCAACACGCCCAACCCACUAGCCGAGCCCAUUGAUUCCGGAAACCCCUCAGCUUGCAUCCUUGUCAUCAUCAACAUGGCUGCCGCAGACCAAGACCCUCACGCCCGCAACACAUUUCUUCCCCGUUCCUACCAAGACUCUAGAUAUCUAAACGGGUUUCUUGGAAUCGUGGACGACUUACAGAAGACUGGGGUACUGCAGGAUGUCGUCCUUGAAGUCGAGGGCCGGCGGUUUCCCUGCCAUCGACUUGUUCUGUCCGCGGCCAGCCCCUACUUCAGGGCCAUGUUUACAAGUGACAUGGCGGAAAGUCGGCAGAAGACGGUCGUUUUACAGGGUUUGGAUGCAGGCAUGUUUGAGGAGAUCCUGAGUUACAUCUACUCGGGAACCCUCAAUGUCUCCCUGGACAAAGUGCAGCCCCUGUACCAGGCAGCCGACCUCCUCCAACUGGACUAUGUGAGAGACACCUGCAGCAGCUACAUGGCCACGAACGUGGAGCGCUCCACCUGUGUGGACCUGUACAAGUUUGCUGAUGUCUUCUCUGUGGACGUUGUCAGAAAACAUUGUCUGCAGUUAAUCUAUAGAAACUUUUCUGAGGUUGCCUCCAGUGAGGAGUUCUGCAGCCUGAGUGUGAAUCAGCUGAUUGAGAUCAUCAGCGAGGAUUGGCUGGAUGUGAAAGAGGAGACAACAGUGUGGGAGGCUGUGGUGAGAUGGGUGCAGCACAGCAGGGAGGACAGACUACACCACCUACCCAGCAUCCUCCCUCAUAUCCGGUUCAACCUGCUGACCUCAAAUGACAAGGCAGUCAUCUUGAAGCACCCCCUGGUCAGGGAGUAUCCUGGGAGAUCUGUUAUCAGGAAGGUGGUAAAGAAGACUUCCAAAGUUAACAUGAAGAGGAGGGUCGGGACGGAUGUGACGGAAAUGGCUCUGGUUUUCGCUGAACGGUCAAGAGAGAUGCUGUGGAUGAACCCAAGGGAAGGGACGUACAUCAGGCAUCGCUAUGACAUAACUCCAAUGACAGGGACUGCUACCAGUGAUAAUGACAUCUUCAUCCUCGCUGAACAUUCACGUGAAACCUACGCCCUUUGUAAGUACAGCCAUGCUGGGAACAAAUGGGAACGAAAGUCUUUGGUAUGUAGAGAAGACCGUGAUAAUAAAAAAUACUUUGACUUCCUGAUGGAAAUCAAUGGCCAGCUUUUUUACCUCAUAGUGUCAGAGUCAGUGGACCGAGUGGUGGUGUUGAAGAAGCACAACCAGCACACGGACACGUGGCACAACUGUUCCACACCGCAACUUGAUGGGCAAUUGGACUGGUGUUUCGCAGUGUCCUGCAAUCAGCACAUCUAUCUCUUCACAAUGCUGUGCGGAACUGAAAUACAGUGUUACGACCCAAGGACAGACCAGUGGUGCGAUAAAACUCCACCUCCACCGUCAGAAUACACUCUAGGCUAUAACGCUGUUGCCAUGGGAACAGAGAUCUUCUGCACAGACCAGGACUUUAACACGACAAUGGUGUACAACACGGAGUCUGACAGCUGGCAGAUACUGCAAGGCUGUCCGGACCCGGGGAACCGUACGCGUGAAUACGAUGGCGUACCCAAUCUUUUCGUAAUGGAGAACCAGCUGCACAUUUUGGUAGCCAUUGUUCGUGACAGGGUUCCGGGUGAAGGGACUAAACUUCUGCAUCUCGUCUAUGUGUAUGACAGGUCUGCUGAUGCCUGGAGAGACUUGAAUGUCGCUCUACGUGAUAAGAAAUGUUAUGCGCAUGGUGAUUUGCCGUUCCCAGUGGCUCGUAUGUGCUUGGCAUAUCUUAAAGGUGCAUAAAUACACAUCACCUCUUGUGUUUUCAAGCAUUAAUGUGCAGAUCAAGGACAUAUAGAGUACCCCGCUGGACUGAAUCAUGACAUUUUGUUUAGAUACAUAUUUUUGCCAAAUGCCCCUGCAAUGGUAAAAUUAGAUCUAGUAGGAGCUUUCAUUAUUAGAAAUUUCAUAGAAAUGCUUGCUUCUUUUUUCAUUGGACAUCUUUCUAUAAGGGAUUGAACUGAUAUUCUGUGUCUCUUAGUCUAACAGUAAUUAUUAGACAUCAUCAACCUGGAUGCCAUCCUACUUUGUUAACUGGAGCUCCCAUAUGCCCCCUUAAACAACUAUUUGGUGAUGGGGUCUGGUGGUACAUGGGAUCCCAGUAGUCAUACUUUUUAUCAAAAAUUUAGGAUCAGUGUAUGUAUG